GGGGAAGCAUUGGAAAAGUUUUACUUAACUCGGUAGACUACUGUAAGUGGUAAAAUGUUUAGGUCAAAAAUACUUCACCGAGACUGGAAAUGAAUGAAACGCAUGAAAUAACUGCUGCAUUCCUCCUAAAUCCAUGAAAUCUACAUUUUCCUAUUGAAUAAUUUUAAAUCUUACUGACCAAUCAGUGCAGUUAGUGCAAAAUUGCUUUGGUAAAUGUUAAUUACAGCGCAACCUAUGUCAGGGUUUGUUUCAUUACAGUUCCACAUCUUGCGCACACUUUUAAACUGUUCAGCAUGCAGGUAGGUGGUCGCUGUAGUCCCUUUUCUAUUUUUCUCCUAGUCUAACACUAAAUACCCUAUACUAAACCUGAAAAGAUUACGUGAGCGUAAUCUACAAUUGACCUGCCAUUACACUACGUUUUACAGAAGAUAUAAACGUAAUUAUGCGCAGAUAAUGGCCGAGAUAAAUGCAGCGUCGACGUCAACGGAGGCUGUCUCACAUGCCGUCCUUCCUGUUGAAGUCGAGCCCUCUUCAGUGAACACUGAUAGUAUGACUAAUGAAACCGAAGUAGUGCCAUCGACACCGUGCACCAGCGUAACACCAUGUGCUAGUACUUCGGAAAUGUGCACACAAGUCUCUUCUGAAAGUGAUGAAUUGACUAGUCUGCUUCUGAAUAUCCUGGUCACCACGAACAUUUCACAAGCAGACGCUAACAGAAUCUUGGAGAUAUUCCGUGCGAAAAUGCCUCAACUACCAACAACUGUUAGAAGUGUACUGAGAAUGUGUGGGUCUUGCGAGUCCAGACUACUGGGAGAAGGAAUGUAUUGCCACAUCGGUCUCAAAAAAUGUUUGCAGCACUACAUGGAGAUGUCGUCUGUGAUUGAAAGUCCCAGCAACAUGAUUGACCUGCAGUUGAAUGUCGACGGUUUGUCCAUCUCGAAGUCUACUAACCAGCAGUUAUGGCCCCUGUUAGGUAAGAUUACGGCACCGUUUUUAAGCAGUGUUUUCCUGAUAGGUAUAUAUGGUGGUCCUAGCAAACCCAGCAGUUACAAAGAGUUAUGCAUUGACUUAGUAUCUGAACUAAAGGAUAUAUUAAGUCAAGGCAUACACAUUACCAGACUUAAUAGGCAUUUCAACGUUCGUUUGACAGCCGUCAUCUGUGAUGCACCGGCUAGAGCGGACUUGAAAUAUAUAGUAGGUCACAAUUGCGACAAAUGCAGUCACCGGAGUAAAAGUUGACGGAAGAAUGACAUUUGGAAAUGGCUUUUUCCCAGUAGGAACUG